AUGUCUGGAUCUUUACCGUUCUACCAGAAGGACCACCGCCACUAUGACCGUGGCUACCGCAACAAGGAGACGGCGUCUAAAAUGAGCCAGUACCAGUCCAGCAGCAGCAUCGGCAGCAGCAGGUACUUUGCGGGCAGCAGCACCUCCGCCACCAGCAGCAGCAGAGGACUUAGAGUGUCUUCACAUUCUGGGCUGGAAGAGAGCCGCCUGAGCCCCAUACCCAAGAGAACCAAGCCAACUUACUUGGCUGUGGAUAGAGAGAACCAAAUCAUCGGCUAUGUAGUUCCUUUCUUCAGGGGCAGUCAAGACUUUGCAACAGGAUAUUCCGAUACAGAGGAAUCAAGGGUGGGGUCCAUGGCCCGCAGGGAUAUGUUCAGCAGUGGCCUGGAGAUGGAGAGGUCAGAGCUGAUCUCCAGGAAGGAGGCCAUGCGUGAGUCAGCUGAUCGCAUCUGUCUGAACAAAAGGAUCCAUGAUAAAGAGGAACACUCCAAGCGUAUGAACGAAGACAGCCUGAUGCAUCCCCCGGAGUUUGUGAUUAAACCUCGCUCCCACACUGUGUGGGAGAAGCAGUGUGUGCGGCUGCACUGCACUGUCACUGGCUGGCCUGACCCCCGGGUCGUCUGGUACAAAAACAAUGUGGCCAUUGAAUCGAUUGCAAACCCUGGCAAGUAUAAAGUUGAGAGCAAAUACAGCGUCCAUUCACUGGAUAUUAACAGAUGCGAUUUUGAUGACACUGCUCAGUAUCACGUCUCUGCCAUGAACUCCAAGGGGGAGCUCUCUGCAUUCGCCUCCGUUGUUGUUAAAAGGUUCAAAGGUGAAGUUGAUGAAUAUCUGCCAUCUCCCAGACAUGGCCCAGUGUCUGAGUAUGGCGUCAACUUCCAGACUCACAUUGUUGAUAAGUUUGGUGUGUCCUUUGGAAGAGAGGGGGAGACCAUGAGUCUGGGGUGCACAGUUGUCAUCUACCCGGCCCUGCAUCGCUACCAGCCAGAGGUCCAGUGGUACAAAGACGAUGUUCUGCUGUCUCCAUCUAAAUGGUACCAAAUGCACUGGAGCGGAGAUAGAGCCACACUGACGCUCGCGCACCUCAACAAGGAGGACGAGGGUCUCUACACCCUGCGAGUCACCACCAAGUCUGGAUAUGAAACCUACUCCUCCUAUGUCUUCGUCAGAGAUUCUGAUGCUGAGAUGGAAGGCGCUCCAGGAGCCCCUCUGGACGUUCGCUGUCUCGACGCCAACAAGGACUACAUUAUCGUCACUUGGAAGCAGCCGGCUGUCGAUGGCGGCAACUCCAUCCUGGGCUACUUCGUGGACAGGUGUGAGGUUGGAACCAACCACUGGAUCCAGUGCAAUGACACUCCGGUCAAGUUCGCCCGUUUCCCUGUGACUGGUUUGGUGGAAGGUCGUUCUUACGUCUUCCGCGUGCGUGCUAUCAACACCAGCGGCAUGAGCCACCCGUCCAGAGUGUCCGAACCAGUGGCCGCCAUGGACCCGGCUGACCGCGCCCGCUUGAGAAGUACUUCUGCUCCCUGGACCGGCCAAAUCAUUGUCACAGAGGAGGAACCUGCAGAGGGCAUCGUUCCUGGCAGACCUCUUGAACUCCAGGUGACGGAGGCGACCAAGAAUUACGUGGUGCUGAGCUGGAAGCCGCCUGGAGAGAAAGGCCUGGAGGGAGUCAGGUACUACGUGGAGAAGUGUGUGUCGGGCACAGACAGCUGGCAGAGGGUGAACACAGAGAUCCCAGUCAAGUCCCCUCGCUUUGCCUUGUUCGAUCUGGCCGAGGGGAAGUCCUACAGCUUCCGGGUCCGGUGCUGCAACCCUGCCGGGGUCGGUGAACCCUCCGACCCAACGGAGGCCACCACAGUUGGGGACAAGCUUGACAUCCCAUCAGCCCCCAGCAAAGUCGUCCCAAUCCGAAACACAGAGACCUCAGUGGUCGUGUCUUGGCAAGCGUCCACUGAUGCCAAAGAGUUGGUGGGUUACUACAUCGAGGGGAGCAUCGUGGGCAGCAACGUGUGGGAGCCGUGCAACAACAAGCCUGUCAAUGUAACCAGGUUCAUCUGCCACGGUCUGACGACGGGAGAGAAGUACGUGUUUAGGGUGAGGGCAGUGAACGCAGCAGGGCUCAGCCAGUUCUCCCCAGAGUCAGAGCCUGUGGAGGUGAAGGCUGCUAUUGGGGGCGGCAUCCCUCAUGGUGUGUUGCCGGAGACUGGGCCGGGGGGUAACGUUGGCCAACUAACUGAGCACAGGCCACGCUGGACGGGCGCGCAUGAAACUGUCCAGUCCUCCCCUGACACUAAGCAAAAGUGCAAUAAAAAAGCUCAGACUGACACCGGAGCCAGGGAGGGGGCCGGUGCUGCUGGGCCCGACCCCCCCGAGAGUCAAAACAAGGGGGGCAAGAAAGGCAGUGUGUCCUGGGCCCCUGACCUGGCAAAAGACCCGGUCCCAGAGUCCGUGUCAGACUCGGUUUCUAACUCACACACUGACAAAGACACAGCCACAUGCUUAGAGCCAGUCACUGCUGAGCUUCAGGAUGUAGAGACGCCUGAGGCAGCACAGGCACGUAAGUUCUCUGUAGAGGCUGACCCGGAGCCAGCCAGGCCGAGGAGGGAGUCGACAGCCUCCCCUGCUCCACCCUUUGGCAUCAGCGUCCUGGAGUGUGUGCGCGACUCCAUGGUGCUGGCCUGGAAACAGCCGAGCUUCAUCGGCGGUGCUGACAUCUCCGGCUACUUCGUGGAUUACCGUGACGUCAUCGAUGGCGUGCCGGGGAAGUGGCACGAGGCCAACAUCAGGGCUGUCAGUGAGAGGGCCUACAGAGUGUCCGACCUGUUCGAGAACAGGAAGUACCAGUUCCAGGUGCGAGCAGCCAACAUGGCCGGUGUUGGCAUCCCAUCACUGCCCAGUGACACCUUCCUGUGUGAGGAGUGGACCAUCGCUGUGCCAGGCCCUCCUCACGACCUGCAGGUGAGAGAGGUGCGCAACGACUCUCUGGUGUUGCUAUGGAAACCACCUGUGUACCAGGGCCGCGAUCCGGUCAACGGGUUCUACAUCGACAUCAAGGAGGAGGACGCCCCGGUGGAGGCGUGGAGAAGCGUCAACAACAAGGCCACGGAGAAGACGUACAUGAAGAUCAAGAACCUGAAGGAGGGAGAGGUGUUUGUGUUACGGGUUCGUGCUCAGAAUAAAGCCGGUGUCGGAAAAACGUCUGAAGAGACAGAGCCGGUUUCAGCUGUGACCAAACCUGGCACUCAUGAGAUCGCCGUGGCUGUGGACGAUGACGGCAUCAUCUCCCUGAACUUUGAAUGCUGUGACAUGACCCCUGACUCCAAAUUUGUGUGGUCCAAGAAUUACGAGGAGAUCACAGACCCCUCCCGCUUGACUAUGGAGACCAAGGGAAACAAAUCUAAAGCUGUCUUCAACACACCCGGAGAGGAGGACAUUGGCAUUUACUCCUGUAUCGUCACCCACACCGAUGGAGCUUCAUCCAGCUACGAUCUCUCUGAGCAAGAGUUGAAGAGGCUGCUGGAGGUCAGUCACGACCACAAAUUCCCCAUUAUUCCCCUGAAGUCAGAGUUGGCUGUGGAGCUGCUGGAGAAAGGCAGAGUUCGCUUUUGGCUGCAGGCCGAGAAGAUUUCCGCUGAUGGGAAAGUCGAUUACGUGUUCAAUGAAAACCUCAUCUCUCAGGGGGAGAAAUACAAGAUGAACUUUGACAAGAGCACCGGCGUGAUCGAGAUGAUCAUGGACUCUCUGACCCCGGCGGACGAGGGCACCUUCACCUUCCAGCUGAAAGACGGGAAAGCCACCAACCAGUCCAGUUUGGUGCUGAUAGGAGACGUGUUCAAGGGGCUGCAGAAGGAAUCAGAGUUCCAGAUGAAAGAGUGGAUCAGAAAGCAAGGUCCUCACUUUAUCGAGUAUCUGAGUUACGAGGUGACGCCCGAGUGCUGUGUUGUGCUGAAGUGCAAGGUCGGCAACGUGAAGAAGGAAACCUCGGCGCUGUGGUACAAAGACGGACAAGAGAUCAAGGCAGACGAGCAUCUGGGCUUCACAGAGGGAGUGCUGAAACUGGAAAUAGCUCAGUCUGACUGCCCGGCAGACACAGAUGCCAGCGACGUAAUCUGGAGAAAGAUAAAAAUUUCCAAGAAGGAUUCCGGUGUUUACGAGGUCGUUCUGAAGGACGACAGAGGAAAGGACACGUCCACGUUGAAUUUGACGGAUCAAGGUUUUAAGGACUUGAUGAACGAAGUUUUCAGUUUUAUUGCCAAUUCCUCCACUCCGCUGAAGAUCACAAGCACAGAUGAAGGCAUCCGACUCUACACCUUUGUCAACUUCUAUAACGAUUUACUCCAAGUGACAUGGCACUACAAAGAUUCAGCCAUCUCCUUCUCUGACCGUAUAAAGAGCGGCGUGGUGGGGGAGCAGCUGUUUCUGCAGAUCACCGAGCCCACAGAGAAAGACACGGGCAAAUACGCCAUCGAGUUCAACGACGGAAAGGGAGGCCUGAGGAGGACCGUGGAGUUGUCUGGUCAAGCAUUUGAUGACGCUUUUGCAGAAUUCAAGAGACUCAAGUCCGCUGCUGUUGCAGAGAAAGGUCGUGCUCGAGUAGCAGGAGGUUUGCCUGAUGUGGUCACCAUCCAGGAGGGCAAGGCCCUGAAUCUCACCUGCAACAUUUCGGGCGACCCCGUGCCAAAGGUCACCUGGCUGAAGAACGACCGGGAGAUCACGUCCGACGACCACUGCAUCCUGAAGUUCGAGUCCGGCAAGUUCGCCAGCUUCACCAUCACGGGCGUGAACACGUCGGACACCGGCAAAUACAGCAUCCUGGUGAAGAACAAGUACGGCACGGAGAGCGGGGACUUCACUGUAAGUGUCUUCAUCCCUGAAGAGGCGGCCAGCAAGAAAAAAUAG